AUGCAAGUAUCGCACACAGUGUACCGCGCCGCUCUCCUGCACCUAUCCGUCAAUUCCUUCGUGCGCGCCUCAAUCCCAGCUGGUACUACCACCUGGACAUCCCUCAACGCAGCAACCCAAGCACCAAACACCCGGCUCUACAGCAUCCUCUUUCCGCAGUGCACAACCACCUCUAAAGCAUCAGACUGCACGCGCCCAGUACGCACAAUGUGCGAAUCAAGCUCGAACUCCGACUCCGCAGCCGCUGCAUCCUCAAAUCCGGCCACCCAAAACGAAGAUAUCCAGAACCAAGAGUCACAAGAACUACAACCAGAACCCAAAAAGCAACUCUACCUCCCCGCUAGCGACUCCGAAAAUCCCAUUGCGAACGAUCAAGGUGGUGGGAGCAUUAAACUCGACAUGAGCAGAGGCGGAACGGAGAUGAAAUUGGAUCAUUUGGGUCCGAUGGUUGUUAACGUGGAUGGAACGUUGUCGCAAAUUGGGAACUGGCAGCAGAUGACAGAGAUUGAGAAGAAGAAUACUCUCCGCGUCCUUGGGAAGCGGAAUCAGAAGCGGUUGGAGGCUUUGAGGGCCAAGGAGAAGGCGGAGGAAGGGUCAGAAUGA